AUGUGGCAGUCAUACGCUUUGUGGGCACUCUAUCUAGUAACGAUGAAAAUAGGCAUCAUUGGUAAUCUUUGGGUCAUUUGUUCCGUCAUACGCAAUACACGACCUCAGACACAUGGGUGGUUGCGACGGCCAAGCGACUGUCUGAGAAGCUAUAUUUUUGUUUUGGCGCUUGUUGACUUUUUUGUCGUUUGUUCGCUUGCUUUACGUAUUGUGUAUGUUUGGGAUGAAACGCUAACUUUCGAACUUUGGAAUUGUCGAGGCUUGUAUUUCAUUGAGCAGUUAUCAAAAAUGGUAUCCAUGUUUUGCCUUGCAUGUAUCAGUAUCGCAAGAUAUAUUACAAUAAGUAAACCUUUUAGCAACCAGAUUCAUAGACAUUUUCAUCAACGCUUUCCAGCAGUAACUUUAUUGCCAUGCUUCCUUGUCCUUAUUCCAAUAUUACUUACGAUGAAAACAAUCGAUGUUACCCCGGACAGGUGGGAUUGUCACAUUAGUGAUGACAGUGCAUGGAAUCGACUAACGGGCCUACUUGUUGGAGCAUGUUUUAUUUUAUUGUUGAUGCUUGUGAGCGCCAACUAUGCGGAAAUUGUGCGACAUGUGCACCGGAAAUUUUCAAGACGAAAAGCACGACGUAAAAGUUUUCAAAUAGAAAUUGGUAAGUUGCAAUGGCAAACAUUAUCAAUUGUCGGAGCCUCGAUACGUACGUGA